GGGGGGGAUAUUUUUUAAAGGCCCUACCAACGUGACUGCACUUUAGAGUGUGUCAUCCUGCAGCACAGCAUUAUGGGGGAAGUUGAGGUCAGGCCCAAUAUUGUCCAUGCACCCAGGAGGGAAAGAGGUUGGACCAUCCUAGAAAUGUUUUACAGUAACAUAAAAGCGUCUGCUAAAUUUGAUAUAUUAUCUAAAUCGACUUACAGUCAUGCGUGAAUACAUUUCUACGUAUGGGUGGUCCCUGGAAUUGAACCCGCUAUCCUGGUGUUGCAAUGCUCUACCAAGAUGCAUCACAGGGUUAUAGAUGCUUUGUGAAGCCUCAAUUUAAUAUGAUGUAAUAAGGCCUUUAUUAAGCGGUGCUUAUGCCACCCUUUAUAAAGCACAGGUUUAUAUCAUAUUUGACAGUGUGUUAUGUGACAGUUAUGAACCCUUUAUAAAGCAUGACAUAUGGUUAUAGAUGAUUUGUAACACAUUUCUAUGGUGUUUCUAUGUGUCUAUCGACCCCGUCCGCUCGUGUCCAUCGACCCCGUCCGCUCGUGUCCAUCGACCCCGUCCGCUCGUGUCCAUCGACCCCGUCCGCUCGUGUCCAUCGACCCCGUCCGCUCGUGUCCAUCGACCCCGUCCGCUCGUGUCCAUCGACCCCGUCCGCUCGUGUCCAUCACCACUAAGCUUCAGUUUGUUUGCGUUCUAAUAAACGGUUUGAGUGCGUUGGAAGACCGUCUUCAUCCGCUUCAUACUGCAAGGGGUGUUGUUUAUCUUCAUAGUUUACCAUCUGUGGGAAAACUCCUGGUCCUUGGAGCUGGAUAUCUAGCUGAAAGGGGAAAACUCCUGGUCCUUGGAGCUGAAUAUCUAGCUGAAAGGGGAAAACUCCUGGUCCUUGGAGCUGAAUAUCUAGCUGAAAGGGGAAAACUCCUGGUCCUUGGAGCUGGAUAUCUAGCUGAAAGGGGAAAACUCCUGGUCCUUGGAGCUGGAUAUCUAGCUGAAAGGGGAAAACUCCUGGUCCUUGGAGCUGGAUAUCUAGCUGAAAGGGGAAAACUCCUGGUCCUUGGAGCUGGAUAUCUAGCUGAAAGGGGAAAACUCCUGGUCCUUGGAGCUGGAUAUCUAGCUGAAAGGGGAAAACUCCUGGUCCUUGGAGCUGGAUAUCUAGCUGAAAGGAAAUGGGCUUCUCCACAGCAUCCUUGUUCACUUUACUGUCUUGUCUGUUGUACUGUAAUACUCAUCGUCAGGGUAACGUCUGUGUGUUGUACUGUAAUACUCAUCGUUAGGGUAACGUCUGUGUGUUGUACUGUAAUACUCAUCGUUAGGGUAACGUCUGUGUGUUGUACUGUAAUACUCAUCGUUAGGGUAACGUCUGUGUGUUGUACUGUAAUACUCAUCGUUAGGGUAACGUCUGUGUGUUGUACUGUAAUACUCAUCGUUAGGGUAACGUGUGUGUUUUAUGUUGUAAUGUCCUUCCUUCCUCUCGGUUGUAGAAGUGGAACUCCGUCUCCCAAGAGAACGUUGACGACUCGGUCGCCUGCCAUCAGAGGAAGCAGAGACCGGUUCACUGGAGAGUCCUACACCGUGCUAGGUGAUACCAGUAUGGACUGUGGUCAACACUACUGGGAGGUGAAAGCCCUGAAAGACUGUAAGUCCUACAGUGUUGGAGUCUCCUACAGGAACCUGGGAAAGUUUGACCAGCUGGGUAAGACCAACACUACCUGGUGUAUCCACAUCAACCACUGGCUGCAGGCCUCCUUCGCUGCCAAGCACAACAACAAGGCCAAGAGCCUGGACGGCACCGUACCGGAUCGCAUCGGAGUCUUCUGUGACCUGGACUCAGGACAACUGUCCUUCUACAACGCUGAAACGAAGCAGUUGAUCCACACGUUCAAGGCUAAGUUUAGCCAACCUGUAGUACCGGCCUUCAUGGUAUGGUGCGGAGGACUGAGCCUCAGUACAGGCAUGCAGGUCCCCAGUGCAGUCAAGAGUUUCCAGAAGACCGAGAACGGCCUGGGAGGAUCCAACAGCAGCCUCAACAGCAUGGCCCAGUAGCCCAGACUGACUGGAUGUGUCUGGAACAGCACCCUAUUCCCUAGAACUGCAGUUCCCUAGCAGUUCCCGCUCAGCCCAGUCAAAACUGUUCGCUGCUCUGGCACCCCAAUGGUGGAACAAACUCCCUCACGACGCCAGGACAGCGGAGUCAAUCACCACCUUCCGGAGACACCUGAAACCCCACCUCUUUAAGGAAUACCUAGGAUAGGAUAAAGCAAUCCUUCUGACCCCACCCCCCCCCCCC